AUGCCCACCCCUACAGUUCAUUACUUCCUUGGCCUUCAGGUUCAUGCUCACGAAGAUGGUUUGUUCCUAAGUCAAGAGAAGUACACAACCGACCUGUUGAUCAACGCUGGGAUGGACGAGUGUGCUCCUGUUCUUACACCAUUGCCACUGCAAUUGGAUAGAAAAGAAGCAUGCUCUGACGGUUGUGAAACAAACCUAAAACGUGUACUGCGGUAUCUAAAAGGGACACAUACGUUUGGGAUCAAUCUCAGUGCCAACACGGAUAUCACUCUCCAAGCCUUCAGUGAUAGCGAUUGGGCUGGGUGA